CCAGUGUAUAAUUACAGGCGUUUGGGGCUGGUGCACUUAGUUGACGGCUCCUUAUGAUGCAACGGGAGGGAGUGAAGGAGUGAAGGAGUGAGAGAAUGAGGGAGGGAGGGACAGCUGAUAAGAACUUCUGAUCUGCUAAGGAAGUGAGUGCUAGGUCAUUUUAGUCAUGUAAGGACUUGUGAGAAGGUUCCUUUUUUUUCCUACACAGACGCUGUUUGUUGGUGUUUAGAUGCAGUAGGAUUCUUCUUCUUGGUGUAGCUUUGCCUGCCCUGUGCACAAGAAGACUAUAAUGUUGCCUUGGAAGAAGAACAAGUUUGACCUGAUCGAGGAAGACAAGCAGUCCAAGCACAAGGGCUACGCGGUGAGUCUGAACUACUCCGCGCUCACCACGCUGGCUAAGGCGUGUCCGGAGAGCGCGCUGAACCGGGUCGGCAGCAUGUUCAAAUCCAAGAGGAAAAAGGUGAAGAUCACGAGCGAGGACCCCACGUACACGGUGCUGUAUUUGGGUAACGCUACCACCAUCCAGUCGAAGGGUGAGGGGUGCACGGACGUGGCCGUGAGCAAGAUCUGGAACAAGAGCGAAAUGGGAAAGAGCGGCACGAAGAUGCGGCUGACGGUGAGCUCACACGGAGUGCGCAUGGUGCACGUGGACGAGCAAGCGCGCAGACCUGGACACCUGUACUUGCUGCACCGGAUCACCUACUGCGUUGCUGAUCCACGCCUGCCCAGGAUCUUCGCCUGGAUCUACCGGCACGAGAUGAAGCACAAGGCGGUGAUGCUGCGCUGCCACGCAGUGCUCGUGUCCCGGCCGGAGAAGGCGAAAGCCAUGGCGCUGCUGUUGUACCAGACGUCAGCCACGGCGCUCGCGGAGUUCAAGAGGCUGAAACGGCGCGAUGACGCGCGGCACCAGCAGCAGCAGCUGAUCGGAGAGCAGACCAUCCCACUGGUGCCGCUGCGCAAGCUGCUGAACGGCCAGUGCUGCUACAAGCCUCCAGUGGAGCGCAGCAGGAGCGCGCCCAAACUCGGCUCCAUCACCGAGGACCUGCUCGGCGAAGAAGCCGAAGCAAAAGCCACGCAGUUUGAAUGCGAGGACGUUCUGGACACGGAUGAGGAGCGCGCAGGCACCGAGAAACCCGGGCUGUGCCAGCUCAUUAACGAUUUGGGCGAGAUGGGCAUCGGGAACGACGUGCGGACUCUAAAAGCGGACCUCAGGGUGACCAGGCUGCUGUCUGGAGAGAGCACCAGCAGCGAGUCGUCUCUAGAGAACAAUCACGAUCCUGCGGUCGUGUCCGGCGAUGCCAACGAGCGCAAGACGCCAGAAGUCGGCUGAACUCCGCAGUGACGUGUUUCCGUCCGGUUUUUCCGACUGUUUGGUUGUGGAGAAUGUUCGCCUGUAGUCUUUUGUGCCACUGUUAUCCGUUUCACUUGAAAGAGCGCUCGUGCGCUUAAAAGUUUUGUGACUCCGACUUUGGACUGCAUGAAUAAGCCAUGUUUCCAUCCAAGGGGUCUUAUCUUACAUUACAUCCAAGGUGUUGUUGUUUUUUUGUUUGUUUGUUUUUAAUGGGGUAGAUGGUUUGCAAAGCUUGAGAGAGAGAGAGAGAGAGAGAGAAAAUAUAUCAAAUGAGAAUUUUUUUGAAAAGGAAGUUAUCCAAAUAAUUUAUCCAAAUUAUUACUGUGGAAUGAUGCAUUCAAAAAUAUAGCAAAUAAGUAAAAUAUAGAGUAAAAUAAUUGGCUUAUUCUUUAUAUUUGAUUAAGAAUUAUGCAGCAAAAACAACAACAACAACGUAAAUAUGAAUGGAAAUACUCGUGAUGAAACCCUUGAUUAAUUGUGCAAGUUUUCCCCUGGUCUGAAGUUUGAAACCUUGCAGGUCAACAUGAAAAGGAAGGCUGAUGACUGCUAUGUCUAGCCACUGAAACUAAAUAAAGCAUGUGGUUUCCUGAUUCAAGACUCCGUCUAAGUUCAGGCAGUGAAGUGUUACAGAAGUGGUGCACAAGUAAGAACAUGAACACGGCUGAUGAAGGAAAAAAAAAAGGCGUAUUUUGUAUCGUUUAUUAUUAUUUUUUGAUUGUUCACUUGGUGGCAUAAGUUUAAUUUGACAUUUGGAUGGAACCCCGGCUGUAGGGAGAAGAACAAACCAAGGCGCAGUCAACCUCAGGUUGAGCUGGGACAAGGAGUAAUGCGGAAUAAAUAAAAAAAAAAAACACUUUCCUUUUCUCCUGUCACAUGAAAAGUUUUAUGUUCAAGAUUGUUUACCCAAGUCACUUCCUCAAAGGAAAUGUUUCUCUUUUAAACAACAACCCUUAUAUAAUGGGUUAUAUAUAUUUUAUAUUAGGGUUCUUGUCUAAAAGAGAAACAUUUCUUUGAGGAAAUGAAUAUAUAAGUGUGUGGUGUUUAUAUAUCUAUAUCUAUCUAUCUAUCUAUCUAUCUAU